UCCCACGUGUUUUCCGAGUCACUCUCUUUCUCACCUAACGCAUGCUGCACGACACCUACUUUCUUUGCACCUCGGAAUCGACGGCUCGUAAUUAAGGGAAAUUAUGUCGAUGCUGCUUCUGUUCUCUUGUGCAUAGGAACCACGCCCUGAGGUUGUAGGGAGAAGUCCCAGGAAUCUCCUUUGAAUGAAAUCUCGUCUAUCAAAUCUCAUCUGGACAUGAACGGACAUCGGUUUAAGACAAGGUGAUACUAUCAAGAGCAGAGUCUUACUGUGGACGACGUGGACGAGAAGGGGUUCUUGCAUGAUCAGAUUCGUCUCCUCGCCGGUUUACUAUCGCUCUGGGCGUGUGCUCGCCCAAAACGGAUUGCUGUCAACUGCUGUUCAUCGGCGUACAUACGACAACAGCAUUAGAAGGAUGCAUUCUCACUCUCCUUUCUCCUUGGACCGAUGCCUCGACGACGUAUGAGACGGAAUUAACGUAGCGAACUUCAAAGGUUAAACGUUAAAGCUUCGAUCUGGCACUCACGUCGAUCGAAUAAUAUCCACCACCUCUUUUACCGGACCGCGACUUGUGCGCUCCUCCCUACUUAUCUCCUAUUCCAAUCUUACCGUUGUCCCCCUUCUCGAUCAUCAGAAACCCGUAAAAUCAUUGACCAAGUUAUUCCUCGAUCACGGUGCAGCUCUCGUUGGAACCGCCUGCAGCGGAGACCUACGAUUGUCCAUUCAGGUGCUUAUAAAAGAUGAUACGAAUGGAAGCCAGCUCGGGAACGGUAUCUAUCGAACCAUACCUAUGCGUCCUACACGGAUAACGCGGACAUUUUUGCAAUCCUUCCUUCAUGUUCUGUUUUGACAAUGUAAAUUAAAGGUGGUUAUAACUGACAUUCACACUCCGAAGCUUCACGGCGUCCAGUGGUUAUUUGCCAAAUCUCAGGCGCUGAGGAGAAUAACACACAACCUACGAUCAUCAAUAGAACAUUGAGCACAGUACAUCAAACCUUAUACACAGAUUCGGACAGGCCUCACGUCCCACGAACAGCAUUUCAACAGCCCUUAUCUUGCCCCAUCACCACUCGCCCAGUACUGCUGCGUCCAUUCCUUCAAUAUGUUCAACAACUCGUCUCAUUUGAAUUUCGGAAACGCAAACUUCAGCAUCGUGCACGGAAAUCAAAACAUUAUCCAUUGUCUGCAGCACGAACAUCAAGUUGCCGGUCCGGGGGAGGAGGAAUGGAAAGUGAAGUUGUAUCGGGAGUAUGACCGAUUUCCUGCAGGGAGAAUCAAGAUCCUCAAAACUGUCACCGAAAAUGGAGUCCGUCGAAAAGAAUAUGAAGACAAUUCUGUAAAUCUCAGUUCGAAGGAAAGGUGGGACACGUCAAGAGCGGGACGGACCUCUCAUCUGGCUUGUCUUGUACAAGAGGGGAAAGAGUCUUCGCCGUUCUUGAGUAUCACAUACACUGGACCCGAUGCGCAAAAGGUAUUCAAGCGGGAUUGCCUCUCAUAUUCACGAAACCGAUAUGAAAAUGUCGUACAGCUACAAGGUUUCAAUGACUCGGAUAUUCCGAUGGUCCUAUUUCACGAAGAACUCAUCCCGGUACAUCACGUUAUCCAACGGCAUCAUAAAUUCUCAGUAGCUCUGCGAUGUUAUGUCUCUUUGCAAGCCAGCAUUGCAAGGCAAAACAUGCCUGAAUGGUGUCAGACAGAGUGGGAGUCAUAUAACUGCGACAAUGUGUGGAUUCAACCAAGAAAUGGAAGAAUAUCUUUUGGCCCACAGGGACCUUGGCCCGAUUACUUUUAUGUCGAGGCUUAUCCCAAGUGGCAGCUCGAAAGUUGCUCGGACAUUCCGGUCCUUCACCCUGCGACGUACAACGCCGAUUGUAUCACCGAGUACCUGGUCAAGUCUUACUCGGAUCACCUUAUCUUGGACAUUCUCGGGCUUACAGGCACACCGAAUUACAUGUAUGUAUCCAAAAACAGAACGAUAUCCGCGUCCAUCAGGAAAAUGGGGUCUGGUGCUGAGCUGCGUUGA